GGCGCUCUGCCAUCUUUGAUUGUGCGACAGGCCGCGGCGCGAGCGGGGCCCUCUCUCGAGCGCACGAGACACCGCCAACCGCCCGAUACUGCUCACCUCACACCGGCCGCGCGACCAGACAGAGAUAAACGCGACGAAAACGACAGAGAGAGGGAUAAAAGGGCUUCUCUCUCUUUUGUGGAGGAGGUUUUGUUAGUCGCUAACCGCUCGGCUAGUUGGGACUAGCAUAGCACGAGCUUUUGUAAUCCACAGCCGGCCUCUCUCUCACACACACGCUCCAACACAAUACAAAGGACCAGGACUCAGACCUUCUGGACGGAACAAACGAUAUUCCUGAAGAGAGCGACGGGACCGGCGGAGACAGGGGCUGGUUCUGAGGGGUGAGGCCGCAGGACCAGACUCAAUGAGUUUCCAGCGAAAUGUCCGAGAAGUCAGGGCAGAGCACCAAGGCAAAGGAUGGCAAAACAAAGUAUGCAACCCUUAGCCUUUUCAACACGUAUAAGGGCAAGUCUCUGGAGACCCAGAAAACUGCAGUUGCCGCCAGACAUGGGCUCCAAAGUUUGGGUAAAGUUGCCGUUAGUCGUCGCAUGCCCCCUCCAGCUAACCUGCCCAGCUUGAAAGCUGAGAACAAAGGCAACGAUCCCAACGUCAGCAUCGUACCCAAAGACGGCAGCGGAUGGGCCUCCAGACAGGAUCAACCAGGAGACGAACGGCAGCAAGAGACCCCUCCACCACAACCCAAGCCAACUGUGCCCCAGGCCCCUGAUGCCCCUCUGGGUGGCAGCCGCUCCUGGGCCAACAGCAAACAGCCUGGGCAGCUGGAUGGAGCUCCUCGGAUGAGCAGUCAGUUCCAUCAGGAGUUUCCGAGUCUGCAGGCGGCUGGUGAGGUGGAUAAAUCAGGCGAUCAGGAAGAUGAGCCCUAUGGACCGGGCCCCAGCCUCAGGCCUCAGAAUGUGGGUAGCUGGCGAGAAGGUGGAGGCAGGAACUUAAAUGUUGCUCCCAGCCCCUCAGAGACUGACAGUAAGCCCUCUGAGGAGUCGGGCAUAGGUAGAGGCACACCAUCUCCCUCUGGUGACUCUGAUGAGUCAGGAAAACCCUCUGCUGGUGAGGGCAGAGAAAAGAGGGAUGCAAGGGACAGGCUCCCACCUACUGCCCCUCAGCAUAAACUUAACGGUGGCCAGCAACCACCAGGAGGGAUGUCAUCGCAGUUCCAUGCUGCCCAGUUCAGGAGCAUGAUGCCGCCAUAUAUGUUUAAUGCGUACCCUCGAGGGUCUUUUCCUCCUGUACAAGGCAGCUUUAGAUACCCUGGACCACCGGAGAUGUCUAAGGGUCCACGGCCUGGAAGACCCGCACAACCUCCCUCUCAGCCAUGGCAUCAGGAUCCAGACAGGCCAUCAAUUGUUAGUGCCACUGAAUUAAAGGAGCUAGACAAUCUGGACACUGAUGCUGAUGAGGGUUGGGCAGGUGCCCAGAUGGAAGUUGACUAUACUGAGAAACUGAACUUUAGUGAUGAUGAGGAGAACCAUUCAGCUAAGGAGAAAGGCGAUGGCUGGGAGUGGAUGACUAAAGUUGAUCGUAUGCGAACAAGAAAAAUUGAUGUCCAGGAGGGAUGGAAAGAAGGAGCAGAGGAGAGGAGUGAUGGCAAGAGUUCAUGGGUGGAAAGUGGAGAUCCCAGGGCUCCCUCCCCUGGCAAUCUUGUCCAUUAUAGCAAGAUGGAACAACAGGGACAGACUGUUGGACGCUCUGUGGGAAGUGGUGGCCCACGUGUUACAAAGCUGCCCACUUCAGCACCCCCUGCUGGUGAGGAGGAAACAGAAGCAUGGCGACAGAAACGGAAGAAGCAGUCAGAGCUCUCAGAAGCAGUAGAGCGUGCUCGCAGACGGCGUGAGGAGGAGGAGCGGCGCAUGGAAGAACAGAGACUUGCUGCCUGCAAAGAGAAACUCAAACAACUGGAGGAGAAACGUCGACCUUCAACUACAGAAACUUCUAAACCAACUACGCAAGCUCAUGAUGACCACCAGGAAAUGACUGAAACUGUGCCUAAACAACCUGCUGAUUCUCCACCCCCUCAGCCUGCACCACCUCCCCCUGCACAGCAACCCUGCCUUCCCAUGCCAAACCAUCAAAGGACAGAGCCCACUGUGGAGGAGGUGCCACAAUUUCUUACUCGGCAACCUAGCCCUCCUGUUCAUAGGACUGCCCCAGAACACCAAAGCAAGGUUGAUAAUGCUGUUAGUGAGGAGGAGCAUAGACAAGUGGAUAGACAACCAACGAGAGACUACUUCAGUGCUGAGGAGCCCAGAGUUGAGGAGCCUCAGUUGUCUUUGUCCAGACUGGAUCAUUCUGUAAAUGAAGAUACACCUCUUCCAUCUCAACUGGAAAAUGAGGGGGAGACUGGGACUGCUGUUCGCCCUUCUGUCACCUCUGGAUACUCAAAACAGUUCCAGAAGUCUUUGCCACCUAGGUUCCUUAGACAACAGGAACAGCUUAAACAACAACAGUGGCAGCAGCAACAACAGCAGCAGCAACAACAAGGUGGAGGGGGUUCAGUCUCUCCCUCAGGGGCUUCUGUUCCCCCUCAGCACAGAUCCUUAUACCAACCUCUUGGCCCACACCACCAACACCUAGCCUCGAUGGGCUUUGACCCACGCUGGCUAAUGAUGCAAUCUUAUAUGGAUCCUCGUAUGAUGUCUGGACGGCCACCAAUAGACAUGCCUCCUAUGCACCCCGGGAGAAUGCCUCCCAAGCAGCUGGUACGACGAGAGCCCACAGACAACAGCAGCUCUGGAUCAGACACUUUUGAUCAUCUGACUAGACCAAUUAGAGAACACGGAGUUCCCAGUGAGCCUCGAAUGGUUUGGGGUUCUGACCCAUAUCCCCCAACAGAGCCCCUGCCUUCCUCUGCCACUGUUAAAGGACGAGAAGAUGGCAAGGAGCCAAGAUUGGAUGCUGGUCUGGAGUUGGAUAGAGGUUUAUCAGGUGUCUACCCUCAGGACCAUAGCCCACUGGAGCCCCGGGGCAAAAGUGACUUCUUCAGGGAUUCAUCUGAAACCUUAUCUGCUUUUAGUCGUAUUACCGAAGAGGUACCAGGUCUCUUACAGACUGACAGAACACCAGUCAUCCCUUCCUUUGAACCUGAGGAGGUUAACCUCUCCGGUGCAGAUGAGGUUGAAGCCAUUGGACAGGCUGUAUUGAAACGGAGUAUCUCUCAAGGCUCCAGUCACUCAUUGAAACUGGAAGAGCCCAGAUUUGAAGGACUUAUCAUAGCACAGAAAACCCUGGAGCUCCCUGAUACUGUAGAAAGACCUGAGGACAAGUCCAGAAAGGAGCCUUUUGGUCAAGGGUCCGUGAACAACAGCCGUUCCACUCCUCCUGUGUCUAAUGAUGGUAUGCACAAAACUGAAAAGCUUAUUUUACCUGCACCCAGCAAGCAGAAGUCAGAAAUGCGCUGGGGAUCCCGUGGAUCUGGAUCCGGGAGGAGAGAGGGUCCAGGAGGGGAGAGGCCAGUCAGGAGAUCUGGACCUAUUAAGAAACCUGUACUACGAGACAUGAAGGAAGAGAGGGAACAGAGAAGAGAGAGAGAAGAGCAGCGCGGUGAACGAUCUAAAAAAGAGGGUGCUACUUACAAAGGUGUUUCUUCAGCUGCUGUAGAAACAGGACUAAAAGAAGGAUUGAAGCCAACUAGUGAUGGGAAGAAAGUAGUGGUAGAACCUGAAGUGGGAGUAGCGACUGGUGGAGCAAAAUCCAGAGAUCUUCAGACAACUGCAGUUUCUACAGUCUCAACUGCUCCUGAGGAAAAGUCAGACAUGCCUCCAACUAAUGACAAACGUCCUGAACCCAAACUACCAUCUCGCAAAGAGUCCAACCUCCCUCCCAGAUCUUAUCGCAGAGACGAGAGGGAGCGAGAGCGAGAUCGUGACCGAGAGAGGGACAGAGAAGCAGAAAGAGAGAAGGACUGGCCAUCUGAUUAUAAAGGCCGCGGUCGAGGAGAGUACUAUUCCCGUGGCCGCAGUUACAGAGGUAGCUAUGGUGGGAGGGGUCGAGGUAGCCGUGGCCGGAGUCGAGGGGACUAUCCAUACAGAGAGCCGCGGUCACGCUCAGACUUGCCAUUAAGUGCUACGGGGACUGCUGGGUUCCGCUGCCGGGAAGAAAGUGAAACCCGUAGUGAGAGCUCAGAUUUCGAAGUCUUGCCCAAGCGCAGACGUAGACGAGGCUCGGACACAGAUUCUGAAAGUGAAGGUAGAGAAUCUGCCAGUGACACCGGAGCAUCAGAUCGCGAGGCCAGCGCAAAACCAAGCAAACCAAUUCGUCGCGAACUGGCGGAAUCACGAUCAUCUAAAUCUGCCUCCGGAUUUGCAGCUGGACCUAUUUCGGAAAAACCUGGGUCUCGAGAUGAGGAUGGGCGACCUAAACCAGGUUUUCUGUUAAAGGGUGAGGCUGCACGCCGGGGAAAGGGUAGUCUGCACAGCAGGCGAGGGGGUGGCAGGGAACGAGGUGGCCACAGACCUGCUCCUUUCCGUCGGGCUGCUGUCAAAGAGGGCUCACAGUGGCCCUCAAAGCCCAUGGAGACAUUUCGACCAGAGGAAGCUGAGACCUCACGUACUGAUAGCACACCCUCUGAACGACGUCACGCCAGGUAUGAUAACAAGAAGAUUGGAGAGGGUGGACAAAGCAUGAAGGAGAGGCCCCGGAGACCAAGGGCAGCCCGUCCACCCAGACAGGACAAGCCCCCACGAUUUCGGAGGCUUAAAGAACGUGAAGCAGCAGUUUUUGCUGGUGAAGCUACUCCUGGAAUGCCAGUACCUACGUCUGUCUCCCCAACACGGUCUAAAGCUCCUGGAACUCUGGCCACUUUGCCCGAGAGAUUGGUUGAUGCAACUACAGCACCUUCUCUUACUCCUGAUGUGACUUCGCCUGAACUUCCUGUCACAGAAACGGUUGUUCCUGAAAUGGGAGCCAUUACUGUAGUUGCUGCUGGCAGCAAAUCACCAGACUUGUCCAAUCAGAAUUCAUCUGACCAGGCCAAUGAGGAGUGGGAGACGGCGUCCGAGAGUAGUGACUUCAAUGAAAGGAGAGAGCGAGAGGACAAGAAGCAACUUGAAGCGGCCAUGACUGCCACUAUUUCCUCCUCCGUGCCCACACUGAUCUCUGGGGGACAGAGCAAAUCCCCCACAGAAAGUGUGGCAAUCCCAAAACGGGAGUUAGCCUCAGCAGCCAAGAGGAGCUUCUCCAGCCAGCGGCCUGUUGAUCGACAGAACCGCCGUGGAAAUAGUGGGCCUAAAACAGGUCGAGGCUACCCUGGAGGCAAGAGCGAGAGAAGGGGAGGAUCUGGAGCCAAAUCGGGACGCAGGGGUGCUGCUGCUCAGAAUGCAGAGGCUGCUCAGGCUGGUUCAGGUCAAAAGGCUGGGAAAGAUCAAGCACCCAGUCGGCGGAAAGAGGAAGCAAAACAAGCUGUCAAAAAACCCAAAGAGAAAGAAAAUGCUUUGUCUCAGUUCGAUCUCAACAAUUAUGCUAGUGUAGUGAUCAUUGAUGACCACCCAGAAGUCACAACGCUGGAGGACCCUCAGUCGAACACUACCGAUGAUGGGUUCACUGAGGUUGUUUCACGGAAACAGCAGAAACGCUUGCAGGAUGAGGAACGAAGGAAGAAGGAAGAGCAGACUUCACAGAACUGGAGUAAAAAGGGCUCUGGAGAGAAGGGCAGGGGAGGUGGCGGUUCUAAACUUCCUCCGCGGUUUGCCAAAAAACAACAGCAACAGCAGCAAGGAAUGGCAGCAGGGCAGCAGCAGCAGCAGCAACCAUCAGCCCCAGCUCCACAGCCCCAGUCUGUCCUGCAGCAACCUCAACCACAGCAAGCCAUCUCUGUGUCGCAGCACAAUCUGCCUGCAUCUAGUCAGAGCACUAGCCCGCCCCAGCCUCUUGAGGGUGCUGUUGCACCUCUGGCUCCUGCACCGGUAGACUUCUCUGCCAAGAGUCAGACGCACAACACCCUGGGUACUGAACUGUGGGAGAACAAGGUGGCUGGCUCCACUGUUCUCUCUGACGUCAAGAAACUUGGACCUAUCAGCCCUCCCCAGCCUCCCUCUGUCAGUGCCUGGAACAAACCCCUUACUUCAUUUACUGGGACUGUUACACCUGAGGGUGUGAAAGCUGUCACAGACACUGGGGUUGAGCUGGGUAUGGACAGCAUCCAGUUUGGUGCCCCCUCUUCAGCAGGCAGCACUGAGAGUGAUGGAGUGCCCACCCUGCUAGAGAAAACCUCUGAUAAUAAACUACCCGAACCCAAAGAGCAGAGACAAAAACAGCCCCGUGCUGGACCUGUCAAACCUCAGAAGUUACCUGACAUCCCUCCUCUGGAACACAAGGAAUAUAAACCUGGACCCAUUGGUAAAGAGCGUUCACUCAAGAACCGCAAGGCUGCCAAAGAUGUGCGUCAGUCCGACGGAGAGGGUCUGGAUAAAAGUGGGACUGGAGGCAGUCGAGACAGAGACUCCAGCUCACCUACUAAAGACAACGUUCCUGAGAUGGGUGGAGAUAUUGAGGGAAUGAUCACUGCUCCAUCAGCAGAAUACUCCAGCAGCUCUAAGGAAUCGGUGACUGAUUACACAAUCCCGUCGUCCUCUUUAGCUGACAACGUCCCCACUCCAGGGACAAAAAUGGAGGAGAGCCUUGUGACCCCUGUGGCUCUCCCGCACCCGUUACCUAUACAGCGAAGAGAAGCCCUGCAGCAAAGCUCUAGCCUUGCCACAGUCUCUCCUGCUACUGUAGACCUCACACUCAAAAUGGAAUCAGCACGCAAGGCUUGGGAGAACUCGCCUAGUCUGGGGGAAAAGAGCUCUCCUGUCACCUCCUCUGCUUCCCCCAUCACCAGUGGAGGAGGAUCAGGCAGUGCCUCCUUCAACUCCUUCUCCAGUGCUUCAGUGCCUCAGAUACCUGUGGCCUCUGUCACCCCCAGCACCUCACUGUCUGGAUCUGCGACCUACACAACGUCCUCUCUAAGCACGAAGAGCACAUCUGCCUCUGACCCUCCCAACAUCUGUAAGGUGAAGCCCCAGCAACUGCAGAGUUCAGUUAUGUCCAACACUAACUUUUCCCAACUGGGCUGUGCGCCUUCUCUGUUACCGCAGCAACAGACCCCACAGGUGUUCGUAUCCCAGUCUGCAGCAGGUACUGCAACUCAAAUCCCGGCCUUCUACAUGGACACAAGCCACUUGUUCAGUGCGCCCCACCCUCGCUUGGCUCCUCCUACUUUAGCCCAACAGCAAGGCUAUCAGCCUGGACUUUCACAGCCCACAGGGGUGCAGCAGAUCCCCAUCCCCAUCUACGCUCCUCUUCAGGGACAGCAUCAACACCAACACCAACACCAACACCAGCAUCAGCAUCAGCACCAGGCCCAGCUUAGCCUCAACACUGGACCUCCAGUGUCUCAACAGCAAGAUCUCUUCAGCUCCUCCUUACAAAGCUACAGGUCUCAGCAGGCAUUUAUGCAGAACAGCCUCUCCCAGACAUCUGCCAUGAUGCUGUCUGGGACACCACUGCAUAGUUACCCUGGAGUGCAGCCCCCAGAUUUGGGCAAGCCUCAGUCCAACCUGGCCUUUCAACAGACCUCAAACACCCAACACAUCCCAAUCCUGUUUGAACCCCAAAUGAAUCAGCCCUCUGGCAUGGGAGGAUCACAGCUGAUAGACACGCACCUACUGCAGCGUCAGGGAAUGAGUCAGCACUCCAACCUGUACUCUGGACAAGUCCAGCAGCAGAGCAGCUACUACAGCUCAACACACAGUCCCAGCUCUGCCCUACAGCAGGUGACCGUUCCUGUGCCAGGUUCACAGUUGUCUUUGCCCAACUUCGGCUCUGGUGGUGGACAGCCGCUCUUGGCUUUGCCUCAGUCCCUUCCUCCGACCCCUCCCCAAGGCCCGCCUCCCAGCCUCAACCGCCAGCCCCCCAGCAAUCCGCCCUACCGUGGCCUUAUUGGUCAGAAUACACACAGUAUGAUGCAGCCUUCCAAUAAGAUGUGUGAGAUGGAUCUGAAGCUCUUCAGUGGUGGAAUGGAUAUGAAGCCUGGAACACCACCUAUCAGCGCCAGAAGCACUACCCCCACAUCUAGCCCUUAUAGGGCGAGCUCUACAAGCCCCAGUAGUCAGUCUAGCAAGAUGAACAGCAUGCUGUAUCCCAAACAGUUCCAGUCGGCAUCUGCAGGAAUGCGCAUUGCCCAGCACUUCCCAGGACAGUUCAACCCACAGGUCAGCCACUACAGACACCAAAUGUUGUCUCAGGCCAACAUGGUGUCUCCAUUGGUACGUCCACCCCAUGGAAAUUCCUUUCCUGGAGGUGUACAGCGUUCACCCAUGGGUCCACCCAUGUCCCCUAACCUGAGCGGUGGUCUGAUGCCCCAUCCCAGACCCCAGCACCCUCCACGUGGACCUUCUGGUCCCCCGUUAGUACCCCGCGGAACACAGGCUGCCCUAAAAGCAGAACAGGACCUUAAGGCUAAACAGAGAGCUGAGGUAUUACAGUCUACCCACAAGUUCUUCUCUGAGCAGCAACAACUCAAGGCUCCAGUAAGCAAGCCCACCCGCAUGGAAGGAGCAGGCAAACCCACCGACAGCAUCACUUCAAAUCACCAGGGGGCGCCAUCCGACCGCACAGAGUCUGACAAACCUGCUCUAGCAACAACCAAACCCAUACGGACGGGUCCGAUCAAACCGCAGGCCAUUAAACCAGAGGAGAGCAAGUAGCCGUUCAGUUGCUUCAGAAAGGGCACAUGGAUGGAAGGAUGGACUGAGAGGCCGGAGGCUUGGGAGAGGGGAGGGGGGUGACGUCCUAUAGCACCUGAAAGGAGCAGAGAAGUGUAGGGAAGUAGAGUGAUGGAGGUUAAUUUUACGAGGUGAUGUGCAUUUCUCACACUUACUGUGCCCUUUUUCCUCAUCUUUUUAUCAGUUCAUCCUUUCUCUCUGCUGUGGUUGGCAUUACAGAGAAAGCGCCCUUCCAUUGUGUGAACUGUACAUCCCCAGUGAACAAUGAAGGUAGACAUCAACAAAAGUUACAGUGAGAAUGCCAUUUUUAAUAGCAAUAUGAUUUACUUUUCACUUUCACAUUUCUGCAUGUAAAGAAAACACGUUUUAGGAAGGCAAAUAUCUCUUUUUUUUUAUUGAAGAUGUUUUCUCCAAUUUCUGUUCUUGAUGUUCUCGAGAAACAAUGUUGAGGUUAUGGCGAUAAAGAUACAAUGAAAUGUCUACACACACUUGCAUAUAAUUAUUGUGUUUGUGUGUACACCUCUCAACAUUUCCUGCUCUUUCAUUCUUUCUCUUCAACCAUGUGUAUUGGCCUUAACGAUACAUAGAAAGUCAUUUCAGCAGAUUAGGAAUUGAUUACCGACAUUUCUGAUUAAUUCAUUGAUAAUUACAGUCUCCACUGUGAGCCUUCCCUCUUGCCUUCUCGGUCAGUAGUGUACGCCUGCAAGAAUUGAAGAUUGUGCGUUUGCGUGUGUGCGCAAAAAUAACCUUGAAUCUUUAGCCAAAGGUUAGGCUUCAAGAGACAUGAAUCCUUUUAGAUGAAUAUGAUUUUGGCAAAGAUGGCUCAGCUUGGUCAACAUAUAGUAGAAUUAUGAUAGAAUAUUUUCUUUUUUUGUAAACGGUUCCUCCAGACCAGGCCUAUGUUUGAUAUGUCCUAAGCUUAAGCCCCUCCCCUUUUCUGUGACCGAUGACCGAUGUAGACACGCCCACUUCUAUAACUCCAUUCUUUCACCUUCCAGCCUCUCCACACAGCUCCCAACCAUGCUGCUGACCAACUCUGACUCUCCUGACCAAUCACUGCAGAGGGGGUGGGGUUGGGGUUAGUGGUCAAGGAUUUUAGGUUCAAUGGUAACGAGCUGCAAGUUUAGAAAGAGAAAUGUUGAGCGUAUGGCAGCCAAACUCAAUGGGGGGUUUGGGGCAGGAGUGAUGCAAGUCUUGAACAGGUUCGCAGAUGUUUUGGACUACCCUGUUAUGGUGACCACAGGCCUGAGUAUACAAGGUCUUUCUCCAAACCACUCCUCUUGGGUUGCUAUUGCAAAGGGGCAUACAGUUGAACAAAGGUUUCAGUAUGGCCCCCCCAUUUCUUGUUUUAGUAGAUAUGAGAAGCUACAAACAGAAGGGGAGGAGAGGGAAUUGAUUUGUUUUUCUUUUCUUUUUUUGAUUUCUGUUUUGUUUUACUUGUACAGGGGUUAAAUCGCUGUAUUAAAAUAUGUAAGGUCUUAUUUACAUUCUCCUGGUUUGGUUACAGAAACUAAUAAAAUAAUAUGCUGUAAAAAAAUGA